AUGCAAACGUGCCGAUUUUCGUACCUUCAUCGAACAACUCUUCAGCCGAUCACGGCGCUUGGUGUCGAACGCUCAUGGGAAGAUCUGAAGCAAGAGUUCAACUACCGGGGAUCUGCUUAUUCAGGUGCGACAUGCUAUAAAACAAUCAGCAAACAGGGCCCAGAUCUAUUUGCCGUUGUGAAUAAUCGUAUGGUAUUGUAUUACGAAAAUGAACAAUGGCACUGCUAUAAGACUGCAACUGAUAUCCAGAUUGGUGCCAUGGACAUGUCGAAUGUCAACUCGAAUCAUGUAGGAAUACAAGCACAGAACUAA